AGUACUCAAUACGACUAUUUAGACCAUUAUAAUAUGUUUAAUUAUGUAUUAUUUGUACAAGUCCGUUUAAGUUGCAGUUCAAAUGAUGUUUCCGUCUCGUUACGAAUUGAUAUCCUUAAAGGUUACCUAGUAUACAUAUUAUUAUGAAUACAACGGCGGACAGCGGUGUUAUAAAUUACAAUCAUUUCGCACCUACAUUAUACGUAUUAUUUACAUUAGUAAAGGACACGCGUGUGGCUAUAUGCAUACAAGGCGACUCGUUAAACAUCCCAAUACAGCGAUUACACAUAAUAAACUAUGACAGGUGCGUGUUUAUAAUUUUAUAUCGACGUAGUAUCGGAAGACGACGUUUAUUUACAAUAAUAAUAAUAAUUGUUGUUGGCGAAAAAAAAUAAAGCACACGCGUCUUCGGCGGUGCGGUCGGUCGUGGGCGACGAAUUCGGGUAGUAUGAGAUUUAAACGCGAAAAAUAAAAUAACCGUUUCGGACGAAAACAAAAUAGCCGAACCGCGACGAACAAUAAUAAAAUUAAUAAUAAUGUUUUAUAAUAUUAUUAUGUUAUUGUUGCGGAGAAUAUAUUAUUAUUUAUUAUUAACAUAAUAAUAAUAUUAAGCACUAUUAUUAUUAUUACGAUCAUAGACUCGCGUGCGCGCGGCCGGGAGAAAAAGACGUACACGAAAAACGAUCGGCCGUACGCCGCGAGAGCGCGCGGUCGGCGGGCGGCGACACACACACACGACUACACGAGACCUGCGCGUCCGUCGAUUGGCCGUCGCGCGGAGGGGACAAGACACCGGCGACGGGGACGGGGGCGACGCCGCCGGCCCGCGCGCCGCGCCCGACCCGUUUCGAGAGCCGGCCACCACGGCCGCCGCCGCCGCUGCGCGUGUGCGAGCCGGUUCGCGCGCGCGCGCCGCCGCGUAAGUAUUGCCGUGUGGCCGUGUGCGCGCGCGUUUGUGUGCGUUACAGAGUGUGUGCGCGCGCGUCCGGAGAGAGGUAACGCGACGACUGCGACGCGGACGACGACUGCGACAAGACGACGACGGUCGACUGGGCCACGCCAAUACCCUCCGCGCGCCGCCCGGGUCAUAAACGAUCUCACAAACAAGUGCUCAACGUUCGGGAAAUUACCCGCGCCGCCAUAGAAUAUUAUAUCGCCAAAGGCCGCCGCCGUCGACAGUGAUCGCGUCGCCGCCGCCGUCGCGCGGGUUCUUUUUUAUUUUUCCGCCGCUAUUUACACACGGUUCGAAAAUAUUUAAUAUAAUAUAAAAUAUUAUCCCGUUUGUUUUUUGAUUUUUUUUUUUUUUGAUUUUGAUACUCUCGUCAAUCCGCGGUUUUUUAUACCCGCAUAUUAUAUACGCAUUACCGCGUCGGUCGUGGUGCAGUGUCCGUACCUAUAUACAGUGUCGUCUUCGAUCGUCCGCGAUAUUUUCGGGCUUGUAUAAAAAUAUAUAUCGACAAUUUUUUGAAAAUUUUAUUGAACGCCGUGCGUUUGGUUUAACGGACGAUCGUAUUGUUAUACCUAUUAAUAUUACGCAUCGCGACAGCAUAAUGCGGUGGCGUUGACGGAUCUGUACACGCCUGUAAUAUUUUUGACGACCGCGAAAAAAGGACGCGUACCUAUAUAUAAUUAGACCGUGCAACGCGAUUAUUAAAAUCAUACUACGGACGUGCGACCCAUAAUCGCACCCUAACCCUGCAGUCUCCGGUCGCAACUUACGCGCCCGUCAUGAGUUCAAAGUUCAUCAUCGACAGCAUGCUGCCCAAGUACCACCAACAGUACCAUCACCAGCUCUUGAACCCCGUGAUCACGUCCGGCGGCGGGCUCGACUCGUCGGCCGUCAACUACAGCUUGACGCCCAACAACUCGUCGUCGAGCAGCGCGGGCGGCUCGCCGCCGUCCACGUCGUCGCUGGUCUCGCCGGCCGCCGGCCGCAUGUACCCCGCGUACGCCGUCCACCAUCACCAGCAGCAGUUCGGCUCCGGCGCCGGUUCCAUGGCGUUCACGUCGCCCGGCUCGGCCGCCCUGGCCGCCGCCGUCCAGGACGCCGCGGACAAGACGUCGUCGUCGUGCCGGUACGGCGGCGUCGGCGGAGGAGUGAGCGUCGGCGGCGUGUCCGCGGCCGACACGAUGGUCAACAGCUACGCCGCCCUGCACCAUCACCACAACCAGAACGGCGCCGGCGGCACCGGGGCCGUGUCGUCCAUGGCCGCGGCCGCUCAGUUCUACCACCAGGCGGCCGCCGCGUCCGCCGUGGCCGCGGACCCGCUCAACACCGCGUGCGCCGGACAGCCCGGCGCCCCCGGACCGCAACCCAUGCCCGACAUACCCCGGUAUCCGUGGAUGUCCAUUACAGAUUGGAUGAGUCCGUUCGACAGAGUUGUUUGUGGUCCGAACGGAUGUCCGCGUCGUCGCGGUCGACAGACGUACACCAGAUUCCAGACGUUGGAGCUGGAAAAGGAAUUCCAUUUCAAUCACUACCUGACCCGGAGACGGAGGAUCGAGAUCGCGCACGCCCUGUGCCUGACCGAGAGACAGAUCAAGAUUUGGUUCCAGAACAGGCGGAUGAAACUCAAGAAGGAGCUGCGAGCCGUCAAGGAGAUCAACGAGCAGGCUCGCCGGGAACGGGACGAACAGGCGAAAAAGCAGGAUCACACGAAAAUGGACGUAGUAGGCGGCGGAGGCGGUAUGCACCAGCAGCAACAGCAACAGCAACAACAGCAACAGCAACAACAACAGCAGCAGCAAAUGUCGCACCAUCAGAUGUCUCACGAACAGCAACAGCACAAGCUGCAGAUGGGCGGCCUGGACAAGGGAUCCGCCGACAUGCUCAAGGCCAAAACGUAAACGCGAGCCAGCGACAACGUUUCGCGCACAGUAAUAGAGUAAUGAUAAUAAUAAUGAUAAAUUAUAAUUACAAAUGUCGCAUGAUUAUUAUUGUUAUUGUUUUGAUAAUAACGUUGUAUAGAAUUUCUCUUUCGAUUCGAAAAAUACGUAAAUAAUUUUUAAAUAUAUAUUAUAUAUAUUUAUCUAUAUACAAACUAUUCUUACAUAAUAUUUAUACAUAUUAUAUAUUACAUUCAUAGAGAGUUAAUUUAAAUAAUACCUAAUUAUAAUAUUAAUAUUAAGGACUGUAUAGAAAAAGAAAAAAAGCGGAAAAAAAAUAUUUUACUAAUAAGAAACAUUUUUUCAAGAUAGUAAUUUUCUCGAUAAAUGUUUCGACACAACAAACGACGCGAGUUUCACGUUCGUAGGCCUGCAUUUCUCUGUCCGUUUUUUACCUCGUACUAUAAAAUAUUUGAGAAAAAAUACUGACGGUUCGAGAGAAUAAAAAUUGCUUCCCUCGAUCGCCACCGGAGGUCUACGAUUCCGCAAUUAUUAUUGAUAAUUUAAUCGAUAAUCAAUAUUGCGGGCGUUUGCCUGGCCCGGCGAUCGCCUCUAUACUGUAUCUAUAUAAACUAUAUUAAUAAUAAAAUAUGAUGUUUAUUACUUACUUCAUUUUUUUCGUUUUAUUCUUCAUUUUACGACUAAUAUUAUUGUUUGAUAUACAUUUUGAUAAUAUUAUUUAUAUUAUAUGUAUACGCAUUUCGCGCCCACUAAAGUAUAAAAAUUCCGUUCGUAAAUAUACGUAAAAUAACCCUUGUAUCCGGUAUCCGGCACCCUGUACGGAAUCGCUGAUCGGACCGCCACAAUAUUAUAUUAUUGGCAGUCUGUCGAUUUCUCAGUGUUUUUACCUGUACCUACACCCCUAACGCGGUUAGGGUUUUCAUUCCUACGUUCUCUCCUCUCCACAUUAUAUACAUUAGGUUGUUGUUACGACAAUGGCGGUGGAGAAGAUUAUUCUCAUUUUUUUUUUGUCCGCAUCCGGUGUGUAUAUGCCGUGCAAUGACGGGUACAGGUAUUAUCGUUCGGGAAUCGCGGAUAUCACACCGGGCCCGUUUUUUAGAUACAUUAUUCCAAGGUAUUUUCAAACGGCGGCCGACGUUGUUCCUACUUCACAAGUAUUAUUAUUAAUCAUAAUAUUAUAUUAUAUAUAUAUAAUAUGAUAUUGUUUCGUUUGUAAUGAUACGAUUUUUUUAUUAAUUUAUGUUUGUUUGUUAUGUUUAAUUCGGGCGCGUUAACCGUGUACGACUUUCAUUUUUAUUUUUUCCUGUUCGACAUAAUUUUUUGUUUCGUUUCGUUUAAGUUUCCGAACGGCACAGUUACGUUUACGCCGAUUUCUUCUGGUUUAAGUUUGUAUACGUUUUUGCCACCAACGUUUUCGUUCACAUCUAUUACGUUUUUAUUUUAUCAUUUUUCUUUCCCGUUGUGAUCAAUAUUUUUUUUUUUUUAGUUUUUAUUACAUUUACCAUGAUAAUAUCGUUUAGCUCGUUCUUUUUUAUGUUCAUAUUCCUAGAUAACUAUUGUUUUUUUUCUAUCAUUAAGCGUAAUAUAUUAUAAUAUAAUUUGUUUAUUUAUACUUUUCAUCGUGUAGGGUUUAUUUAACGAGAUAAAUACGUAAAAAAAAUGACCGAAUACAUCCCGAUGUUUACCGAGUAAAGUAUUUCCCCCCGAAUCUUGUGUAAAUAUAUAUAGAUUAAUGCUUUAUUAAUAUUAAUUUAUUUUUACAAUCUUUCUUACGAUUAAACAUAAUAAUAAACUAUUUAAUUAAUAUAUAUUUAAUUAUUUUUUUGUAUACUGAAGUUUUUUUUUAUUAUUAUUAUUAUUAUUAAUAUUAUUAUUUUGUUUUGUUUUCAUUUGUAUGAUAUAUCUCUAUUUAUAUAUUUUUUUUUAUUACGCCUAUUAUUAUAAAUCGGUCGUAAUUCCGACAAUCUAAAACAUAUUUUAGGCCUAUCCAAAAUUCAAAAUUUGUAAACAGCUUCUAUAGAUAUUAAGACGUUUAUCACGAGCGUUUAGACUAUUAUUUAGAUUGAUUGAAUAAUUUUAAAAAUUAUAUACGUAUUAAAAUAUUGUAAUUUAACAUAAUAUAUAGGUACCUAAUAAGCGUUUAUGCAUAUUAUAUUUUUAAGGCCAUCUGAGACAUACUUUGGAAACGAUUUUUGUUUAUAUCCACAUAUAUACGUAAUAUAGAUUCAGGGUAGGUUUUUUUAAAUUGUACUAUUCGACUGUCAAAAGUUUAUCAAAACGACAUAGAUUUCCUAAAAUAAUAAAAAUAAUAAAAAGUAAUUUCAGCAAAAUAUUUUGUUGUCAUAUAUUAUUCAUGGAAAUAUGAUAUUAAUAUUCUUAUAUCGUCAUUAUUGUUAAAAAAAUAAUAUAUUUUGUUGUUUUACACCAAUUUAAACCGUAACGCUAAGUGAAAGUUAUAAAACGAAAGACAAAUACGUAAAUAGCAUUAAUGAAUUACAUAUAUAAAUAUUUAUAUAUAUUAUAAAUUACAUUAUAUUGUGUGAAAAGUCGAUCUGCUAAGACUAAUAUUUUUUAACUAUAUUUAUUAAUUAUAUAUAAUAAUGAUACGUUGACUUUUUUUCUCUGUCUAGUGUAUGCAGUUUUUUAGCGUAGUGUGUUUACGAUAAUAUAUAAAUACGUCUACAUAUGCGUAUAUAUACUAUAAUACACGCAUAUAUAACGUAAAUUAUUUUAA